AUGAGCUCUAACCUCAUAGAAGGGUCAAUCCCACCAAACAUAAACAGGUGCUCGAAGCUAUGGGUCCUUGGCUUGAUGGAUAACAAGAUAUCGGGUCAAAUACCAGCAGGACUUUAUCACCUCUCAAAGCUUCAAAUUCUGGACUUGAGUCAUAACAGUCUUUCUGGUUCAAUUCCACCCUCUAUUGGAAACCUUUCAUCACUUACAACUCUAAACUUAGACACCAAUUCUCUAUCCGGAUUGGUACCCAUCAACUUGGGUAAUCUUCGACACUUGAGAUUGUUCGAACUCAGCCUCAACAAUCUCACAGGCACCGUCCCCUCAUCCCUAUACAAUCUUUCUUCCCUUGAUCAUUUUGCUUUGGCUGCAAACCACUUGUGGGGUGAAAUUCCAAGUGAUAUUGACAUUAAGCUUCCAAAUCUUCUAUUCUUCAAUUUUUGCCUCAACAAAUUCACUGGUCAAGUUCCAAAAUCAUUACAUAAUCUCACCAAAAUCGAAACUCUUCGCAUAUCUCACAACUUUCUUCAUGGACCAUUGCCACAAGGAAUAGAAAAGCUUCAUCACAUUGAAAUGUAUAACUUGGGGUUCAACCGUAUUGGAAUCAUUCCAGAAUCCAUCGGUAAUCUAUCAAAUACUCUCACGAAAAUAUACAUUGGAGGUAACAGGAUUUAUGGUAGCAUGCCCUCGUCAAUCCUCUUUCUUAGAAACUUGAAUUUGCUAAAUUUGAGUCAUAAUUUUAUCUCUGGUGAAAUUCCAACAGAAAUUGACCAGAUGAAGGAACUACUGGUGCUAAGUUUGGCUGGAAAUAGGAUCUCUGGCAAAAUUCCAGAUUCUCCAGGGAAUCUAAGCAAAUUAAAUAAGCUUGAAUUGUUUGGAAAUGAGUUAGUAGGAAGAAUACCAACCUCUUUUGGUGACUAUCAAAACCUGAAUUUAAUGGAUUUAGCCUACAACAGGCUAAAUGAUAGCAUACCCCAAGAAAUUUUCAAUCUCUCCAAUUUGAACUCUCUACUCAACUUAUCCAAAAAUUUUCUAAGUGGACCUCUUCCCCAAGAAGUUGGCUUGUUGGAAAAAUUAGCCAUAAUUGAUAUCUCUGAUAACCAACUGUCAGGAAGCAUACCAGAUUCUAUAGGGAAUUGUAAGAGCUUAGAAAAUCUUUUACUAUCCAGGAAUUUUCUCUCGGGUCAUAUUCCCAAUACUCUUAGAGAAAUACGGAGACUAAACACUCUAGGCUUCUCAUCCAACCAACUUUCUGGUCUCAUUCCCUCUGAUCUUCAACAAUUACAAGUCCUUCAGUUUUUGAAUCUCUCUUACAAUGACCAUGAAGGAGAGGUUCCCACAGAUGGGGUCUUCAGUAAUCGCUCUAGUGUUCAUCUUGAAGGCAACCCAAAGCUUUGUUUUCCUUCUGCAUGUAAAAAGGGUCAAAAUCAUGGGAAAGGUUCAUCUGUGGCUCAGAUUAUGAUCCCCAUUGCUGGUUCAAUUGCAUUUUGUUUACUAGGCAUACUAUUUUCAGUUUUCUUCUACAAAAGAAGAAGAAGCAAGGCAUCAACAUCAGAGUCGCAAGUUAUUCCGAUUAAGGGACAGCAUCAAAUGGUUUCUUAUGAUGAGUUGCGCGUGGCAACUGAGCACUUUGAUCCAGAAAAUCUGAUUGGAAGUGGAAGCUUUGGGUCCGUCUACAAAGGGAUCCUCAAACAAGGAAUUGUUGUUGGAAUUAAGGUCAUUGACCAUGGGACUCAUGGAGCACUGAAGAGCUUUUAUGCAGAGUGCGAGGCUCUGGUUUAUGAAUACAUAGAGAAUGGGAACUUGGGUGAUUGGAUUCAUGGAAGAAGGCAUGAAAGUGGAGAAGGGUUGAAUGUUAUGGAGAGGUUGAAUGUCGCCAUUGAUAUUGCAUGUGCCAUGGACUACUUGCACCAUGACUGCCAGCCUCCAGUGGUGCACUGCGACCUAAAGCCAAGAAAUGUACUCUUGGAAAAUGGCAUGAAUGCUAAGGUAGGGGACUUUGGGCUAGAAAGAUUGAUGCUUGAGAAAGCAAAUGAAGGAAAAUCUACUACUGCCACAUACGGUCUCAAGGGCUCUUUAGGAUAUAUACCUCCAGGCUGCGCCAUUGAUUCACCUCAGUUGCGCAUUAGCAUGAGAGAUGCCCUCCACGCACUGAAGGAUAUAAGAGAUACUCUCACAAGAUACGCUUUAAGCACAUCUGAUGAAAUUUUCCAGGCAUCUAGGAGUACAACAGUUACUCCUACAGCAGAUAGUCCUGCAGAAUCCAUUUAA